AUGAAUACACGUAGGAUUUUCAAACUUGUCUCCGGCGGAUUAGUCGCGGCUGCCACAUUCUUGGAAACACGAUCACUCUUUGAUGCCCCACGCAGCUUACCGUCCACAUCCCAUGUCCAAGAGUCACAGCAGCGUCCAAUUUUCACAUGGACCAAAAAGUUUCUUGAUUUGAUCCCCGGGUUGACCACGGUUCAAGCAGAUUCCGCCUACCCACGUGACAAUAUCAAACCUUGGGAUUGGAAUUGGGACAAUCGAGAAUCACAAGUGGACGGUGACAAUUCGUCCCGUCUGUUCUCUUGGGGAGAGCGUAAAGGUUCUUCCNGUUCUUCCAAAGCCACUGGUAGUCGACAUUUAUUGUUCAUUCGUCAUGGCCAGUAUCAUUAUGCGGAAUCCGAUAAAGAUUGUCGUCUGACUCAACUGGGUCGUGAACAGCUCAAUUUCACCGGCGCUCGCUUGAAACAAUUGAAUCUACCUUACAAUAUUCUGUACUAUUCCACCAUGACACGAGCAAUCGAAUCGACGGAGGAAAUAAUGCGACACUUGCCGGAUGUUCCUGUAGAGCCUACGGACAGUCUCCGUGAAGGUGCCCCAUUUCCUCUGGAACCCCCUUUAGAAAAUUACAAACCUACCGAGGAUGAACUGCGAGAAGAUGGUAGUCGAAUUGAAAAAGCCUUUCGGACAUUCGUACAUCGACCGGCUCCAAACCAGACCACGGACAGUUACGAGAUAUUUGUGUGUCAUGCAAAUGUUAUUCGUUACAUUGUUUGUCGUGCUCUUCAAAUUCCCCCGGAAGCCUGGAUACGUUUCUCCCUGGAUCAUGGAAGUAUCACGUGGAUUGUGAUUCGUCCGAAUGGGCGUGUGGCCUUACGUUGGCUAGGUAAUUCAGGACAUAUGCCACCGGAUAAGAUUUCAGUAGCCUAA